AUGUGGCAGAGACGCCAUCCCCAGGAAGCUGGAGGAGACGAGCCAGAGACAGCCUCCAAACCAGAGGCCUGGAAGAUCCGUUACGAGAAGUCCUGGCUGCACCGGCACUGCUCUUCCCUGGUGCGCAGGGACAAGCAGGCCCAGAAAGCUGGGCGGCUUUUCUCAGGCCUGCUAGCCAUGAACGUGGUGUUUCUAGGCAGCGCAUUCAUCUGCAGUAUGAUUUUUAACAAGGUGGCCAUUACCCUGGGAGAUGUUUGGAUCUUCUUGUCCAUCCUCAAGAUUGUGGCCUUAGGCUGGAUAGCAUACUAUUUACUGUUCACAAGGCGGAAGCCACAUGCCAUCUUGUAUCGGGAUGCCCAUGCAGGGCCAGUCUGGGUUAAGGGAUCUCUCGCGCUGUUUGGAGUGUGCAGCAUCCUCCUGAAUGUGUUCCGGAUGGGAUAUGACAUUAUCCACCUUCAGUGCAAAUCCCAGAUAGAAAUCCUGUUCCCCUGCAUAGAAAUCCUCUUCAUCUGCAUUCAGACUUAUUUUAUAUGGCAUCAUGCAAAGGACUGUACCCAGGUUCAGCACAACCUCACCAGAUGUGGGCUGAUGCUUACCAUGGCCACUAACUUUCUCCUGUGGCUUGUAGCAGUGACCAAUGAUUCCAUUCACAGGGAAAUUGAUUCAGAACUUAACAAACUUGUGCGGGCAUUUGAAGGGAACACGACCAGCUCCUGCAAGUGUCCUAACACAACAGUCUGCAAGGUCUUCCAGAAAGGAUAUAUUUUGCUGUAUCCCUUCAACACAGAAUACUGCUUGAUUUCCUGUUCCAUGCUCUAUGUCAUGUGGAAGAAUGUGGGCCGGCGCAUUGCUCAACACCCAGCUGCUCGUUCUAAGCCUAAAUUCCAAAUCCAUGGCUUAAUUUUUGGGCCUCUGCUUGGCACCUCUGCAGUAAUCAUUGGCAUCUGUAUUUUCAUGCUGUAUCAGAUCCAAGCCACCAGCUCCUCCCCUAGCUAUCACGUGUUCGUACUCUACUACUCCUACUACAUCAUUUUGCUGCCUUUGAUGACAGUAGGGGCCCUGGCUGGAACUAUCAUCCACGGCCUAGAAGAGAGGGAGCUGGACACGCUGAAAAACCCAACACGAAGCCUUGAUGUGAUCUUGCUUAUGGGAGCAGCUCUGGGCCAGAUUGGCAUCUCAUAUUUUUCCAUUGUGGCCAUCGUGGCCACCAAUCCAAAUAGUCUGCUGAACAGCAUCAUCCUAGCCUAUUCAGUGUGCCUCAUUAUUCAGCACAUCACCCAGAAUGUCUUCAUUAUUGAGGGGCUCCAUAGGCAGCCACUGGUGGUAGACGAAGCCUCCAGCCAUAACCCACCUGCCAUGCAAGGCUCCACCUCAGCCCAGAAAGCACCCAAUGAACACAUUAUCACUUCGCACAGCAGUCAAGAACCUACACCAUCAACAGCCAACAAGGAGGUGGAAACAAAAGAAGGAGAAAAGUGUGAAGAUAAUUAUUCUAAAGCUUAUAGCUUAGAGAUAAGACAGGAGAUAAGAAGAGCUUCCCAGGCCUACGUUCAGAACUGGAAAAGGACAGCUCUGCAGGAGAUCUCCAGCUUCUUGAUCAUGUGCAACAUCAUACUAUGGAUCAUGCCAUCCUUUGGAGCACAUCCGGAGUUUGAGAAUGGAUUAGAGAAAUCAUUUUAUGGAUACUCUACCUGGUUCGCUAUCAUCAAUUUUGGGCUGCCCUUGGGUGUGUUCUACAGAAUGCAUUCAGUUGGUGAUCUUCUGGAGGUGUAUCGGUCAGUCUGAAUCAAACUCAGUUCUUCGUAUGUAGAUGUCACAGUAAUAUACUGAACAGACUUUCCUACAGGC